AUGAGUAUAAAGAGCCUUAGCAUCGACCUUCUGUCUCGUCGAAGUCCAUCAUCAGUCAGGCCAGCAGCCCUCAAGACGAUCAACAUGGCUCCCAAGUCCCUCGCCAUCACGGCGAUGUCCCUCUUCCUCUCCCUUGCCUCCGCCACCCCCGUCACACUCGAAGCGAGAGACCUCCUCAACCCCAUCGGCGCCACCGCCACCGCCGACCAAGAGAAAUGGUCCCCGGCCCUCGACUACGACACCGACAGCUGCUACAACACAGUCGCCAUCUCCCCCACAGGGCAGCUCAACGCCGGUCAAGACCCGGGCAAAGGCCAAAACGAAAUCCUGAGCUUCUGCCGCAAGGAAGACCGCCUCACCAAGCGCAACGUCUACGUCCGGUCCAAGUGCAACAACGGCUGGUGCGCGCACAUGUACGACUACUACUUUGAGUCUGACUUUGGCAUCGGCGGCCACCGCCACGACUGGGAGCAUAUCGCCGUUUGGGUCCAGAACGGGGAGCUCAAGUUUGUGAGCGCGAGCGAGCAUGGCAAGUGGAAUAUCAGGUUUCCUGGGCAGAACCCCCAGAUUAGAUUUGAGGGGGGGACGCACGCCAAGAUUGUGUACCACAAGGACGGGGCGGGAACGCACGCGUUUCGGUAUGCGACCGGGGGGGAUGAGCCGCCGGAGAAUCACUGGCAGAGUUGGAGGUGGGGGGUGGGCGCUGGGUUGUUGAAUUGGGAUUGGAUUGCUGGGAACUUGAGGACGACGCUGUCGCAGAAGGAUUGGGGUUCGGCGGAGAUGGCUGUGAGAGACAAGGACGGGAAUGCGUGGAAUUUCGGGUGGUAUUUGGAUCGCUCUAGGUAUUACUGUGUGACUGAGCUUGAGUGCCCGGGUAACUUGGCUGGCGCGUUCAACCCUUGGGCUUGA